AUGGCUCUUCCAUCUCGGUCUCCGUGCCGAGUCAUGAUCAUUGGAGGUGGAGUAUCAGGCAUCGCGAUGGCUUGUCGGCUCAAGGAGGUUUAUGGUCUUGAUGACCUUUGCAUAUACGACCGUCAAGAAGGUCUAGGAGGUGCCUGGUGGGCGAAUACAUACCCUGGAUGUGCUGUGGACAUCCCCGGAUUUUGCUAUAGUUUUUCCUUCGCUCCGAAUCCUGACUUCACCAAACUAUUUCCUGCGCAAUCAGAGGUUCUGACCUACCUUUCGACUGUUGUCCGCCAAUACCGUAUCGACGAGCAGUUUAUCGGAGGAACAGAAUGGAUCAAUGCUGCAUGGAACGAAGAGACCGAAACAUGGCUGGUCACAUUGCGAAACAAUGAGACUGGGCAGUUCACUCAGGAAUGCAAGGUGCUGAUCUCCGCAGUUGGAGGUCUGGUUAAUCCACAAGGACUGAAAGUACCUGGAGUGGAAACCUUCCAAGGGGAGAUCAUUCACACAGCCAGGUGGAAUCAUGAUGUUGACUUGACCAACAAACAUGUCGCCGUCAUCGGUAAUGGAGCUUCUGCGGUGCAAUUGGUUCCUGCCAUUCUUAAUAGAGUCAAAUCAGUAACGCAGUUCAUGAGGACUCCACAUCACAUAGUUAAAGGCGACAACUACGACAUCUCCCCCGAAUGGAGGAAUACCUUCCAUCAAUUUCCAUUAAUACUCUGGUUGAUUCGCAUUGCUAUCUUCCUUUGGAUGGAGAUUACAUGGUUCCGCUUCCAGAAUAACAAAUUGGGUCAAAUUGGUCGUGCUCAAGUCGAGAAAAGGAGUCGCGAGUAUGUACAAAAAUCAGCGCCCGAAUCAUAUUGGGAUAUGUUGAUUCCAAAGUAUGAGUUUGGAUGCAAGAGACGAGUUUUUGAUCGAGGCUAUUUAGCCACUCUAGAAGAUAGCAAAAUGCGUCUCACAGAUGAUCCCAUCGUGGAGAUUAAGCCAAACUCCAUCGUGACACGAUCAGGCGAGGAGGUGCACGUCGACGCCAUUCUGCUUGCCAACGGAUUCGCCCUUACUCAUUAUGAUGUUGAUAUUAAAGGUCGCAAUGGCAAAACACGCGCGCAACAUUGGAAGGAAUAUGGCCACAAAGCGACAUUCAACACAAUUGCGAUGAAUGGAUUUCCUAACUUCUUCUAUAUUCUUGGACCCAACUCUGGACGGUUAUACACAUCAACCAUUCAGAUUAUCGAAAGUCAAGUGGAUAUGGUACUCCGCAUCAUGGAGCCAAUUAUGCUCCAAAAGGCCUCUUCGGUGGAGGUUAAGGCCAGUAGCGAGCGGGAAUACGAUGUAAAACUCCAUGAUGCCAUUGGAAGAACAGUGCACAGUACUCUCUGUGGCAGUUACUUUAUCGACAAAAAUACAGACAAGAAUUGGUUUGUGUAUCCCUGGAACACAUUCCACCUUUGGUUGUCUACAUUACAAAAUCCUUCCGAUCAUUGGGAUUAUAAUGUUGGCUUAGCGACUCGGAGGUUUUGA